CAGAGGCUUUAUUUUGUGUGUGAGUGUGUGUGCACUCUGGGGCAAAGCCACCGCUCCGGGGCGCUGCCUGAGCGCUGGGCGGGGAGGGGGGUGGUAGUAGGAGGAGGGCGGGCGCGGGUCGGAUCGGAAUGUAGCAACCUCGGCUGGAGCCUCUCGGCGGCGGCGGCGGCGGUGGCAGCUCCCUCCGUCACGUGUCGCGGUCCUGGGAGGGAGACGCGGCGGCGGCAGAGGCAGGGGGGCCCCAGCGCAGGCGGGCCUCGACGCUUGUUUGGGUUCUGUAACUCUCAGAAGAGGAGGAGGAGGAAGGAGGAAGGAGGAGGCACUGCCCCGGCUCCUCCCUCCCGGGGAGAAAGCGACUGGCUAGGACUCUGGUCCCCAACCUCUCUCCACUAUCUCCCCGUCACCCCUCGGGGGCCGCCCGGGCGGCAGAUUGGAACUAGGGCGCCGCAGGAGCCAGAGCCUCCGGCCCCGGCCGGCUGCAUUAGGCAUGGAAAUGGCCCUUUCUCGUCGAGUGCAUGAGGCUGGCCUCGGGAUACCUCACGGGUGGCGGCGGCGGCAGCAGCAGCAGCAGCACGAGCGGCGGCGGCAGCAGCCCCGCGGCCGGCUCUGAGAUCCGAUCCCGCGGCGGCUGAGAGGAGACUUUGCUCUCUAUGGAUUGGGACUGGCCUCGUCCUGGACUGAUUUUCACCCCCAAGGGCAUGAAACACCCAUAAACUCUCUCGCUGGGGAUCCUGACUUCUCAAGCAGCUGCUUUUCUUCCGAGCUCCUGGGGGGGGAGAAGAAUCAAAAGAGGUUUUGGACCAAGGACAAGGGGGAGGUUGUAUUUUUUAAAAACCGUUUUCCCCUCUCUGCUGGGCAGACUUGUUUGCAUGUGCUGUGUUUGGGGGAGGUGCCCGCUCUCCCACCCAACCCGCUUGUAUUUCUGCCCACCCCUCGUUCCUUGCUCGGUGGCUGGGGCGGCAGCGGCAGCAGCAUGGCGAGUCCACCGGAGGGGGACGGCUGCUUCUCAGAUGUGCGGAAGGUGGGCUACCUCCGCAAACCCAAGAGCAUGCACAAACGCUUCUUCGUCCUGCGGGCAGCUAGUGAGGCCGGGGGUCCAGCCCGCCUGGAGUACUACGAGAACGAAAAGAAGUGGAGGCACAAAUCGGGUGCCCCCAAGCGCUCUAUCCCGCUAGAGAGCUGCUUCAACAUCAACAAGCGGGCUGACUCCAAGAACAAACACCUGGUAGCCCUCUACACCCGGGAUGAGCAUUUUGCCAUUGCCGCGGACAGCGAGUCGGAGCAGGAGAGCUGGUACCAGGCGCUCCUGCAGCUCCACAACCGGGCCAAGGGGCAUCACUUGCACCAUUCCCACCACGAGGCUGCAGCUUUUGGAGUGGGAGGGGGAGGAGGAGGAGGGAGCUGCAGCGGCAGCUCUGGCCUGGGAGAAGGGGGUGAGGACAGUAGCUAUGGUGAAAUGGCCCCAGGACCCGCAUUCAAGGAGGUUUGGCAAGUGAUCCUGAAGCCUAAGGGCUUGGGGCAGACAAAGAACCUGAUUGGUAUCUACCGGCUCUGCUUGACCAGUAAGACCAUCAGCUUUGUGAAGCUCAACUCAGAGGCAGCCGCAGUGGUCCUCCAAUUGAUGAACAUUCGCAGGUGUGGCCACUCGGAAAACUUCUUUUUUAUUGAGGUGGGGCGCUCUGCCGUGACUGGGCCUGGGGAGUUCUGGAUGCAAGUGGAUGACUCUGUAGUUGCCCAAAAUAUGCAUGAGACUAUCCUGGAAGCCAUGCGGGCCAUGAGUGAGGAGUUCCGGCCUCGGAGCAAGAGCCAAUCGUCCUCUAACUGCUCCAACCCCAUCAGUGUCCCUCUUCGCAGGCAUCACCUCAAUAACCCCCCACCCAGCCAAGUGGGGCUCACUCGGAGGUCCCGGACUGAGAGUGUCACUGCCACAUCCCCAGCUAGUGUGGUUGGUGGGAAGCCCUGCUCUUUCCGUGUCCGGGCUUCUAGUGAUGGAGAAGGCACCAUGUCCCGGCCAGCUUCAGUGGACGGGAGCCCUGUGAGUCCCAGUACCAACCGGACCCAUUCACACCGACAUCGGGGCAGCUCCCGGUUGCAUCCCCCUCUUAACCACAGCCGCUCCAUCCCCAUGCCCUCCUCCCGAUGUUCCCCUUCAGCCACAAGUCCAGUCAGCUUGUCAUCCAGCAGCACCAGUGGCCAUGGAUCAACUUCAGACUGCCUCUUCCCUAGGAGGUCCAGUGCCUCUGUGUCUGGCUCCCCCAGUGAUGGGGGCUUCAUCUCUUCCGAUGAAUAUGGCUCCAGCCCUUGUGACUUCCGAAGUUCUUUCCGGAGUGUCACCCCUGAUUCCUUGGGUCAUACCCCACCAGCUAGGGGCGAGGAAGACCUGAGCAACUAUAUCUGCAUGGGAGGCAAAAACACACCUAACUUGAUGGCCCCCAAUGGCCACUAUAACCUCUCCAGGGGUGGCAAUGGGCACCGGUAUACCCCCGGAGCUGGCCCCAGCCCUGCUACAGUUGGAGAGGAGGCAGCCACUGCUGCAGACCUGGAGAAAAGUUUCAGAAAGAGAACUCACUCAGCAGGUACUUCUCCCACCAUUUCCCACCAGAAGACCCCCUCACAAUCCUCCGUUGCCUCCAUUGAGGAGUACACAGAGAUGAUGCCUUCCUACCCACCCUGUUCCUCAGCGGGCACCGGGAACCGGAUGCAAGCCUACCGGCACUCAGCCUUUGUGCCCACCCAUUCCUAUCCCGAGGAGUGUCUGGAAAUCCAUCCCUUAGAGGAGCGGGGAGGCCACCAUCACCGGGGGGACACUCCCGGGCUACACACCGAUGAUGGCUACAUGCCCAUGUCUCCUGGGGUAGCCCCAGUGCCCAGCAGCCGAAAGAGUGGGGGAGAUUACAUGCCCAUGAGCCCCAAGAGCGUGUCUGCCCCGCAGCAGAUCAUUAACCCUGGCCGGAGGCAUUCCCAAAGGGUAGAUCCCAAUGGCUACAUGAUGAUGUCCCCCAGUGGCAGCUGUUCCCCGGAUGGCGCAGGGGGCUCAGGCAAUGGCAAUGCGGCCACCCCUGGGAACAGCUAUGGCAAGUUAUGGACAAACGGGGUUGGUGGCCACCAUCACCAUCACCACGGGCACCCCAAGCUCUCCAUGGAGAGCAGUGAUGGGAAGCUGCCCUGCAGCAGCGACUACAUUAACAUGUCCCCAGCCGGAGACUCGGCCACCAGCAGCCCCUCCGAGGGCUACUAUGGACCAGAUGACCCGCAGGGCAAGGCCAUCUACUCCUACUACUCACUGCCUCGCUCCUUCAAGCACACCCAGCAGCAGCAGCGUCGAGGGGAGCCCGAAGAUGGCGGCCGGCUCCACCACCUGCGCCUCUCUGCCAGCUCCGGCCGCCUUCUCUACGCCACAGCGGCGGAGGACUCGUCUUCUUCCGCCAGCAGUGACAGCCUGGGAGGAGGUGGAGGUGGCCAGGAAGGGGUGCACGGCCACCUCCACCAUCAGGCCCUACACCAGCACCUGCCCCGAAAGAUGGAUCUAGUUGCCCAGACCAAGAGCCGCCUGACUCGGCCCACAAGACUCUCUCUGGAUGGCCCCAAGGCCAGCACCUUACCCAGGGCUCGGGAGCAGCCCCAGCAGCCUCUUCUUCCUCCAGAGCCCAAGAGCCCGGGAGAAUACGUGAAUAUUGAGUUUGUAGGUGAGCAGCCCAGCUACCCGCAUGGCUCAGCCAUCUCCCUCUGCUCUCCCACCGUCAGGUGCCCAGCCCCGCGCCAGCCGGCCCCCAGAGAGGAGGACCCUGGCUCCGAGGAAUAUAUGAACAUGGACUUGAGGCCUCCCAGGAGGCCGGCCUGCCAGGAAGGCUUUGGGUCGAAGGCGGGAAGAGCCUGCCCCCUGCCCACCGGGGUAGGUGGUGUGUGCAGGCCCAGCCGGGCACUGCCAAACAGCCAGGAUUACGUGACCAUGCAGGUGGGUGGGCCCUGCCCAGGCUGUGCCGAUGCUUCUCUCAGCUAUGUGGUGAUGCAGACAAGCAGGGCUUCCGAGGAGUCCAGCGUCCCAGGCGCUGCCUCUGCCGCCCCUUCCCCAGCUUUUACUGCCGCCACCCCCUCCCUCCCCCAGCACCCAGGCCAGGCAGAGCUGGCUAGCCGCCCCUCCCUGCUAGGAGGUCCAAAGGGACCCGGAGGGAUUAGCGCCUUCACUCGAGUGAACCUCAGCCCUAGCCGCAACCAGAGUGCCAAAGUGAUCCGGGCUGACCCCCAAGGAUGCCGGAGGCGGCACAGCUCCGAGACUUUUUCCUCCACCCCCAGUGCUGCCCGGGGCAGUAACGUUGCAGUGCCCUUUGGGGCGGCUGGCGCAGGUGGCUCUGGGACCAGCGGCGGCGGCAGCAGCGAAGAUGUUAAACGCCACAGUUCUGCCUCCUUUGAAAAUGUCUGGCUAAAGCCUGGGGAUGUAGGGGGCCCACCCAGCAGGAAGGAGACCCCCCAGAUGAGUGGGGGUGCCCCCGCGGGAGCAGCGGCCGGUUUGGAGAACGGACUCAACUACAUCGACCUGGAUUUGGUCAAGGAUUUUAAUCACCGGCCCCAGGAGUGCCCCCCUCUGCUGCAGCCUCCUCAUCAGCCCUGUGGCAGUGGUGGGGGCAGUGGCAGCGGCUGUUCCAGUGAGGAUCUAAGCGCCUAUGCUAGCAUCAGCUUUCAGAAGCAGCCAGAGGACCUUCCAUAGCUCCUCCUGAAAAAAUCACAGCAGAAUGAUGACCUACACAACCUCAGCAAAUCCUUCUUAACUCAUGGGUAUUCAGACGCCAAGUGUUUCAUGUCUCACAACUAGGACCUCACAUCCUCCUCCUCCUCCUCCUUCUCCUCCUCCUCGGUACGAUACACCCAGUUUAGUUUGUUUACUUAACACAAACCUCAGGAGUCCGUUGACUGAACUGCACAUUCUCUGUUGUGCCAAGCAGAAAAGCACUGUGACAUCAGGACGAGCUUCAUCGGCGACCGCAAGGACUUAGCUGGCCACAAGGAACUGAUGUGCCCACCACUAUGUCAUAUGAGACUGGGUUUACUCUUAGCACAUUUACACAGUACGCUAAAUUUCAUUUGCUGCUGAAAAACCUGUAUGACAGAUCAUCAUUGUAAAUUAUUACAUACCAAACUGUUAAUGUUGGUUGGAGAGUAUUAAAUAUUUAACAUAGGUUUUGAUUUAUAUAUGUAAUUUUUUAAUUAAAAUGUAACUUUUUUUUCCUACAGCACAUCUUUUUUUGGGGGGUGUGGAACUGAGGUACAUUAUGUUCUGUUGUAAACAGAGUGGGGGAACUGCUUAAAACAAGGCUAAUGAGAAUAGAGUAGGGUACUAUUCUUGUUUGAAGAUUGUAAUUCAGAAAAUAAUAUAAUAUUAUUCCUAGGUCCGCAGAUGACCCUCGAUUGUACAGCUAUACUUACUGAUAAUAUCUCUUGUAACAUAAACCUGAUGUUGAUCUGAGUUCCUUACAAUGAAAUCAUAAUUUUAUACUUCUCUUAUAAGACAGUAGUAGGCCGUGUUAACUAAACUGAAGACAAAUUUUCUAUACCUGCUCUUUGCAGCCAUCAGCUUAGAACUUGGCUAGUGAACAGAAACAAAAAUAGGACAAAAAAGAAAUCAAAGUCUUCCAUUGUAUAUAUUGUACAAAAAAAAGAAAAGAAAAGAAAAAAGAAGAUGAAAAAAGAAACAUGGGUGAUCCCUUUAAAUCCAAAUCUCUCCUUGGAAUGAACAAUGUGGGUGUUUGUAAAUUCUGGAAAUCUCUUUCUAUGCGUAAUAAACUAGAUGCUGUUUAUCUUUUUUUUUCCUUUCCCCCUUCUAGAAGCUAUCUCCAUUCUCACAGAUUUUUCCUCUGUGCUUACAUUCAAAUAUUUCAUUUCCCAUGUUGUCUUGAGAAUGGCAGCAGGACAAGUGAGUGCUUGCUAAACGAAAUUAAAAUUCCAGAAGGUGUAUUAUGAUAGCUAGGACAUCUCACUCGACUAAAGACCUUUAUCUCAUGUUUCCUGAGACCUUUCAGUGUAAAGCUUUUAAAAGAAUGUAAUUAGACUAUUUUACUUAAAGGGCACUAACUGUCCUGUUAGUGAUUAUUUAAAAUAAAAUAUGAGUAAACCAGGAAUACUUAAAAAAAUACCAAUAUGCCGGUGAAGCAGUCCCAAAUCCUGGGAAUUUUUUGUGUGUGAUCAAAGAUAUGGCAAAGAAUCUACCUUUAAAGUAAGAGGCCUGAUUACAGAUUUUUAUAUUUUAUCUGGUGAACUUUCUAAUGCUUUAAUGCUCCUCCUGAAGUCAACAGUUCUGUAUCUGGGGUCCCCAACUUUUUUUGUGGGGAUGAGCUAUUUUUUAUUUCCUUAAAACUUGAAAUCACUAGAGAGAAGAGCAAAAUAGUGGCCAUUGUCCAGCCAUCAACUAGUUGGGGACUCAUGCGCUACUCUUCUAAAGAGGGAUGGUGAUGGAGAAAAGAGAUAAAUAUCUUCUCAUGCCCCACAAAGCCAGUGUGAAUGUUCAAUCAACUGGUUGGCAUGGAUCUCACAGGUAUGUCGUUCUCUGAUUCAUCAUCACCAAUCCCAAUACUGGUCAUGUUUAACACUGGCUGAAAUGACUAGGCCUAGAGUUAUAAACAACAAUUUAAAUAUUUUUAAAGACCUUACUCAAUCUGAUUACUCUUUGUAGAAAUUCUCUCCUUUAAUUUUGAAAAACCUGCCAUGAGAGACUUCUUUUUUUUAUAAAAAAUAGACUCCCAUAAUUGAGCUGACUUUCAUUAUUCAACUGUUUUGACUCAUCUUUUAAUAGUAUAGAGAACAAAAGCAAGAUUUCCUGUUCUUUUCCAUUAAGAACUCAAGUAGUUAUAGGAAAAUCAAUGAACUGAGUCAGCAUCAACUGUUUUCCUAUAAAGCCAGUUAUUUUUCCUUCAACUCAAGAAACUUAACUUUUUCAUACAUAUAUCACCUUAGGCGCCUCUCUUUGUGUAAUUGACACAGCAUCUUUUGGCUGAGCAUCCAAUGGAACAUUACAUCUUGGAAAAGAGAUCUCCUCUCUCCCCCAGCUCUUAUGCCUUUGGUUUGUUAAUGGGUUAAAGAAUUAAACGACAAUAACGUUUCCCAAUUUUCUGAACCUUAGUUUGGUGAAGGCAAAGGAGUGGGUUAUGUCACUUAUGUAAAAAUUGAAAGAGAGAUGGGUGUUCAAGGAAGAGACCUCUGUCCCAAUUGCAUGCAAGUGCCAUUUUGAAUACUUGUCACUUGUCAGCUGCUUGAUUCUUGAUUAGGCUCAAGUAAAACCCAGGUCACUGGCUCCUAUCUAUUUUAAAGUCAAAGAAAAAUCAGAGAUUUGAAUUUAAGAAGCAAAAAGAAAGGAUUUUUAAUGAUCUUUAGUCUGCAAAAUAUUUCCUCUUUACUAACACCACCUGUAGCCUUUUGUAUCAUUUUUUUCCCCUUUAGGCUUAACCACAGACUGUUAAGAUUAUUAGAAGUAUCAAAUAUGUUUCCUACCUAAAAUGAUACUAUCGUUCAUUUUUUAAAAAUGGUUUUAGAGCCUGCCUGAAAUGAAGUGAUUUUUACUGAUGAGCCACCUGACAGUAAGGAUAAGUCAAAAGUUAUUUUACAUAUCUGACUAUUUCUUGAUACUUAACUAUGGGUCAAGGACCUUUUGACUGGCCCCGUUGAUAUCUUUUUGUCUGUUUUAUUUUUUUCACAACUUUAUGAUUUGAAUUGUUCUUUUGAAGUUGAGUUUUUGAACCUUAGCAUAGAACUUUACAUUUAAUCCCCAUUAAAUUUUAUUUUACUAGAUCUAUGUUGAUUUUAGUAUACAUUGAUUUAAAAUUCUCUUAACGGGAAAACACAUAAAACAUUUCUUUUCCCCCAGUGUUUAAUCUAUUGUAACAUUUUGUGAAGUACUAAAGAGCCUCUUCAAUUUUUUUCUUUUACUAAAGCUAUCUUUUUGUCAUCGUGUCCUAACUAUAAUGUACCUUAUUUAAUUGGAGAGAAAAUAUUUACACAGGUGAAAAAUGUUCACCUUCUACAGUCUCAGUGAAAGGUGAGAAAAUACCAUGUAGAGAGUGGCUAUUCAUGGUCCUCAUGACAGGAGUCAGUCAUUUUGCAUUUGUUGUGAGGAUAAAAUGGAAUUAUAUGUGUAAAGCACUUUUCAAACCUGAAAGCACUAUAUAUUGUUAGCUAUCAAAUGAUAAGAUCCUGGAGCCCAAGACUCCAUGGGAAUUAUGACCAUGAUCUUGGAUAGAAAAGUCUGUUGGGAUGGCAUGUAAAAAAAUGGACUCUGGCCCAAGUGACCUCCCGGCAAGAAAAAGGAGGGGAGUGCUUCGAGAAUACAAUAAAUAUCCGGCCAAGGUGACAUUACUCUUUUGUAGACUGCUCUCAAACCCAAGAGGAGAGUGGCCGCCAUUUUGGGGUGUGUGGUAGCUCUGCAUUGUCCUUGUGCCAAUGAGAUAGUACCAGCCAGGGAGGAAUGUAGUCCGUGAACCAGAGAGCUAGUGGCACAUAUUUGCUACCCCUGCUACUUCCCCUUCUGUACCAAACAGGAGUAUUGUCAUUGCCCGCCAAGCCAGUGGUAUUUUCCCUAACUCAUGGAUGUAGAAAACAGCAUGAUAUAAUGGCACUUGCCAUUCUCAUGUCUCAAUCUCAGACAUCCCUCCUCUGAGACUUUUAAGUUAGAGUCUCAAGGUUAUGACCUGCCUUAGGGAGAGGGAGUUCUCACACCAGGAGAUCCUAUACCAAUAAAAUCAUUUGUAUGGAUAAAAAAAAGUCAUCUGCUGAUAAAGCAACAUCCAGAGUGCUGUGGAAGAUACAAAACAAACAUACUCAAGUCCCUAUCAUUUAAGAAGUUUCUACUACUACAGAACUGGCAAUCUAAUUUUUUUUUUUGAAAAAAAUUAAGAUUCCACACUCCAGGGGGAAUGUGUAUUCAUGUGCAUGCAUGUGUGUGUGUGUGUGUGUGAGCGUGUGUGUGUAUGUGCGUGUGAUUCUGGAAGGCACAAGCAUCGUCUUGUCCAAAGUUACUGACCUGGCAUCUAUGAUGUGGAAUUAACAAUCAAUCCAGAUGUCUCUUACAGUCAUUUCCCAAGGGUUAAGCAUCCUCCCAGUGAAAGCAUCAGAUCGUUCAAAAUAGGAAAAUCAGUCUACACUUGUAGAUAACGUUAGACAAAUCCGUCUUCACCUGUAUAGACAAACAACUUGUAGUGUAGCCGUUUUUAGUAAUUUAUGGUAGGCGCAGACCCUGUUUCCUCAGUACAACGCUACUUGAAGGCACAAUUCUUUCUCACGCCUCAGGGACUGCCUUUAGAAUGGGAAGAAUAAAAAACAUCCAUGUUUUCACUGAAAAUGUUUGUACAGUCCGAUUCAUCCGCUUACGAAGGUGCUGCCCAUGGUGCUACUUCACUUGUGUACAAAAAGAGACCAAGGCAUGGUCUGUAUUGCUACCAAAACAUUCUCUUGUAUAGAUGUGUAUUGCAAAAUGUAUUGUGUGUGUGUGUGUAUAUAUCUAUCUAUCUAUGUCAUGGGUACCAGGCCAGUUGUAUAUUUCCAUUUAGAAGUGUUUCACUUUUCAAGUUUUGGUAGUGCUCUGAUUUUAAGAUUUUUUUUCUUGAUUUUAGUCUCAAAGAUUCUGUCUGGUACUUAGAGCUGUAGUGUCUUCAUCCCUGAUUAAAGAAAACUGUGGAAAUGAA